AUGACCGAAGCCCAUCAACUUCUUGAAUACUGGAAUAAUUUGUUAGAGCGCUCUCGGUUGACGACAGAGACUAUGGCACUUGCCAUCCCAGCAAAAAAGAGAAGACGCAUAAAAUCUUCGUCAUUGAAUUUUAUAAACCUUUUCGAUAUCUCAGAGAGUCGCUAUCAAAGUCGACGUUUUAUGGUUCACUUGUUGGCCAUGAAGCUACUUUUGCAAACAUAUCUACAGAAUCGCGUGUCCAGCAUGCGUGAGUUAUUCUAUCGGGACGUGGCCGCUUUCGGGUAUGAUCAGAAUGUUUUAAAUGAGGCGUUAUUGAACAUGAGUUUCGUGACUAAUGGCGGUGUACCUGAAGACUUCAGAGUCUUUCCCUCUUCUAAAGGGCUUAUCUAUGGUGGCCCACUCAUCCAAUGCUCUGAAGGGUCCUGCCAAAAGUUCGAGCUAAAGUAUGAAUCGGACGCAAUAUUGGUACCAAAUUUUCAUAACCAUUUGAAAAUCGACACAAAAAUUGAAUCAAUCAUAUUGUUUGAAAAAGACUCCAUAUUCAAAACUUACUGCGCACACGUCAAAAAUAAUCAUUUGAUGCUCAGAGGAAGGCAUGUCUUCCUAACUGCGAAGGGUUUUCCUGAUAGAUUAUCCAUGAAGUUAUUGAAAGCAUUCGUCACAGAACAAACUGAGGUGCCAAUUUACGCGUUCGUCGAUUCCGAUGUGUACGGCGUCAAUAUUUUUCGCUCUUACGAACGUGGCCUCGGAGAAGCAUCAAUCAAUUUAAAGUAUACCGGCGUAUUUUUGCUUGACUAUAAAGAAGGUUGGCAAACAGUAAGCAGCCGAGAGGUGAUCUUGAUGAUCUCUUUACUUCGCCAGUUGACCCUGCCUAACCCUCCUGACUCGAGAAUCGCUUACGAGAGUCACCUCUUGAUGAAGCAAGAGCUAUCAAGAGGCUUACUUUUAUUCAAAAAGGCAGAGAUGAAUGCCAAAGAAAACUUCAGUAAAUGUGAGCGAACGCUUCUCACCUAUCUUGACGAAAGGGUCUUACGUGUCAAGUGA